UGACGGUGAUCGAGCUGCCGAGUGCGGCUGCGCAGGACUUGAUUGACAGUGGUGAUCGAGCUGCCGAGUGCGGCUGCGUCGGGUUUGAUUGACAGUGGUGAUCGAGCUGCCGAGUGCGGCUGCGCCGGGUUUGAUUGACAGUCAAUCCUGGGCUCAAUGGGUUUGUGCUGCGGAGUUGCUGUGGUAGUAUUUGCUCUCGGCUGUAUUCUUAUUGCCAGGAUUUUCCUGGUACUCGGGAGAAAUGGAGCUCCCAAAGUGGGCAGGCGCGGCUCCGCCAGUGUGCUGGUGGUGCUCGGUUCCGGGGGGCACACAACAGAAAUUCUCAGGCUGAUGGACAGCCUCUCUGCUUCAUAUGUACCCAGACAUUAUGUCAUUGCUAACACGGACAAGAUAAGUGAAGAGAAAGUUCGCAUCCUUGAGGCAUCCAGAACCAAAGGAAAUACUGACCCUCAGCAUACUAUUCACUGGAUUCCUCGUAGCCGUGAGGUCUGUCAGUCCUGGACAUCUUCAGUGGUAACUACAGUGUACUCGCUGCUGUAUUCUAUCCCACUGGUGUUCCAGCUGAAACCUGAUAUGAUUCUGGAUGUCUAAGUGAAGGUUCUUCAUUCUGGUUGAAGAGCCACCUGUUUCUUGAUCUGAUCACAACACUGAUGUUUUGACCUCCUGAAAUGGUCACCAUGCUGGAUCAGAUCCUAAAAUAGAGCAAAAUUUGCCUUGUAACAAUUGCAGAAAUCUGCGGGCAGUUGAAUGGAGGUGAACACUAAUCUUGAUUCCAUUGUAAAAAUUUGCACCACUGCCACAUUUUUUUCUUUCAACCUUCCUGUUUGUUUUAGAGUAGGAAAGUCAUGUCUUCAUGAACAAACCUGAUGUCAUCACUUUUCAUCAAAAUACAUUUGUAUUUGAAGGAGAUGACCAAGAAAUAGAUGAUACCUGUAUACUGAAAAACUGGAGAGUACUGAUGUCUUCUAAACUACAUUCUACUGACUGCAGAAGGCGGCUGUUGCUGCUAAAGAGCAAAUUAAACUGCGUUUUGGAACCAUUAGUGUUUAUUGGACAGUAUAAGGCAUUAAGUGGGCUACUUACAGUUAAAGAUAUUUGCUGAUGUAUACACGUGUUAAUAUAUUGAAGGAGUGAUUGAUUCCAGAUACAAGGACAAGAGUAUUUAAAUUCAAGAAAAAUAGUAAGUCAUCUUUUAUUUACAUCACCUCCUUCACAACUUCAAGAUGCCCUGAAGUAGUUUUACAGUCAAUUUGUUUCCAAUAAACUCCCAAAAAUAGUGAUUCCAACUCGCCCAUACUGACCAGAUAUCCUAAAUUAAGCUAGUCAUA